GCCGCCUCCCAGCAGCCGCGGGCCGCCCUCUAGUCCCAGCGGGGGGCGCGGCGGCCACGGCUGGGCAGCGGCUGUGAGCUCCGCUGGGACAGCGCCGCCGCCCCCGUGAGUUAUUCCCACGUCCCCCGGGGCUCGCUGCCGCCUCCGCCGGCGCCGAGAGGCCGGCCCGUGCCCAACUCUCUCACGGGCCACCCGGCGGCAGCGGCGGCGGCGGCGGCGGCGGCAGCGGCGGAGCCCACCGCCCGGGCUCCGAUGAGUAACUCCCGGAAUAACCGGGUGAUGGUGGAAGGGGUCGGCGCUCGGGUAGUGCGCGGCCCGGACUGGAAGUGGGGGAAGCAGGACGGCGGCGAGGGCCAUGUGGGCACCGUCCGCAGCUUCGAGAGCCCCGAGGAGGUGGUAGUGGUGUGGGACAACGGCACUGCUGCCAACUACCGCUGCUCCGGGGCCUACGACCUGCGCAUCCUGGACAGCGCGCCCACCGGCAUCAAGCAUGAUGGAACGAUGUGUGAUACCUGCCGCCAGCAACCAAUCAUUGGCAUUCGAUGGAAAUGUGCAGAGUGUACAAAUUAUGAUUUGUGCACAGUGUGUUACCAUGGAGAUAAACAUCAUUUAAGACAUCGCUUUUACCGAAUUACUACACCAGGAAGUGAGAGGGUUCUGUUAGAGUCUCGUAGGAAAUCUAAGAAGAUUACAGCCAGAGGAAUCUUUGCAGGUGCCAGAGUGGUGCGAGGAGUGGACUGGCAGUGGGAAGAUCAAGAUGGGGGAAAUGGACGUAGGGGAAAGGUAACAGAAAUCCAGGACUGGAGUGCAUCAAGCCCACAUAGUGCAGCAUAUGUCCUCUGGGAUAAUGGUGCUAAGAACCUUUACAGAGUUGGCUUUGAGGGCAUGUCUGAUCUGAAAUGUGUCCAGGAUGCCAAGGGAGGUUCUUUCUACAGAGAUCACUGCCCUGUGCUAGGUGAGCAGAAUGGCAACAGGAAUCCUGGUGGAUUGCAGAUUGGUGACCUGGUAAAUAUAGAUCUCGAUCUAGAAAUUGUACAGUCUUUGCAGCAUGGUCAUGGAGGAUGGACUGAUGGAAUGUUUGAGACUUUAACUACAACUGGAACUGUUUGUGGCAUCGACGAAGAUCAUGACAUUGUAGUACAGUAUCCAAGUGGCAAUAGGUGGACCUUCAAUCCUGCUGUUCUAACUAAAGCAAAUAUCGUCAGAAGUGGGGAUGCUGCUCAAGGUGCAGAAGGAGGCACCUCACAGUUUCAAGUGGGUGAUCUUGUACAAGUGUGCUAUGACCUGGAACGGAUUAAACUUCUACAAAGAGGGCAUGGAGAAUGGGCUGAAGCGAUGCUUCCAACUUUAGGUAAAGUUGGCCGAGUACAGCAGAUUUAUUCAGACAGUGAUUUAAAGGUGGAAGUUUGUGGAACAUCUUGGACAUACAAUCCAGCAGCAGUUUCCAAGGUGGCAUCUGCAGGAUCAGCCAUUAGCAAUGCAUCUGGUGAAAGACUCUCACAACUCUUGAAGAAAUUAUUUGAAACCCAAGAAUCUGGUGACCUCAAUGAAGAAUUAGUUAAGGCUGCUGCCAAUGGAGAUGUUGCUAAAGUGGAAGAUUUGCUUAAAAGACCAGAUGUGGAUGUAAACGGGCAAUGUGCUGGCCACACAGCUAUGCAAGCUGCUAGUCAGAACGGACAUGUUGACAUUUUAAAGUUACUGUUGAAACAAAACGUGGAUGUCGAAGCAGAGGAUAAAGACGGUGAUAGAGCCGUUCACCAUGCAGCUUUUGGAGAUGAAGGUGCUGUUAUAGAAGUGCUACACCGAGGCAGUGCUGAUUUGAAUGCUCGAAACAAGCGCCGACAGACCCCUCUUCAUAUUGCUGUCAAUAAAGGUCAUCUUCAAGUUGUGAAGACUUUAUUGGACUUUGGCUGUCAUCCCAGUCUUCAGGAUUCUGAAGGUGAUACCCCUCUUCAUGAUGCAAUAAGUAAGAAACGUGAUGAUAUCCUAGCAGUUCUUUUGGAAGCUGGAGCAGAUGUUACCAUCACAAACAAUAAUGGAUUUAAUGCUCUACAUCAUGCUGCCCUAAGGGGAAAUCCCAGUGCAAUGCGUGUUUUACUAUCUAAAUUACCAAGACCAUGGAUUGUGGAUGAGAAGAAAGAUGAUGGUUAUACUGCCUUACAUCUGGCUGCCCUUAAUAAUCAUGUAGAAGUGGCUGAACUGUUGGUACAUCAGGGUAAUGCGAACCUGGAUAUCCAGAAUGUGAACCAACAAACCGCCCUACACCUUGCUGUUGAACGACAGCAUACCCAAAUUGUUAGGCUUUUGGUCCGUGCAGGUGCCAAGCUUGAUAUUCAGGAUAAGGAUGGGGAUACUCCUUUGCAUGAAGCUCUAAGGCAUCACACUUUGUCUCAGCUGCGUCAGCUCCAAGAUAUGCAAGAUGUGGGGAAGGUGGAUGCUGCGUGGGAGCCAUCCAAAAACACGUUAAUAAUGGGACUUGGUACCCAAGGGGCAGAAAAGAAGAGUGCAGCAUCUAUUGCCUGUUUCUUGGCAGCCAAUGGCGCUGACUUGAGCAUUCGAAAUAAGAAGGGUCAAUCACCACUUGAUCUCUGUCCUGAUCCAAAUCUCUGCAAAGCACUAGCAAAGUGUCAUAAGGAAAAAGUCAGUGGUCAAGUGGGUUCUCGGAGUCCUUCUAUGAUUAGUAAUGAUUCUGAAACCUUAGAAGAGUGUAUGGUGUGCUCAGAUAUGAAGAGAGAUACUCUUUUUGGCCCAUGUGGACAUAUUGCUACAUGUUCUUUAUGUUCUCCACGAGUAAAGAAAUGCCUCAUCUGUAAAGAACAGGUUCAAUCCAGGACAAAGAUUGAAGAAUGUGUGGUUUGCUCUGACAAGAAAGCGGCUGUUCUUUUUCAACCCUGCGGCCACAUGUGUGCUUGUGAGAACUGUGCUAACCUGAUGAAAAAGUGUGUGCAGUGUCGAGCAGUAGUUGAACGAAGAGUGCCUUUCAUUAUGUGCUGUGGCGGGAAAAGUUCAGAAGAUGCUACUGAUGAUAUCUCAAGUGGGAAUAUUCCAGUGUUACAAAAGGACAAGGAUAAUACCAAUGUCAACGCAGAUGUGCAAAAGUUGCAGCAACAGUUACAAGACAUUAAAGAGCAGACAAUGUGCCCUGUGUGUCUGGAUCGUCUGAAGAACAUGAUUUUCCUCUGUGGUCACGGAACCUGCCAACUCUGUGGAGAUCGCAUGAGUGAAUGUCCUAUCUGUCGCAAGGCUAUUGAACGAAGGAUUCUUUUGUAUUAACUAAGAAACACAGUGUAUUUUGUUAGCUAAUGUAUCUAGUUAUGAGAUUUUAGCAGGCUUUUAAUCUAGUUGGAAGUGCUGAUGAGUUAAUUUCUAUUGUCAUAGUUUCUUUACUAGAGUAUAAUUGGGCGGUAAAUGUACCUACAAAACAGUGUUGGAAAUGUGUUCUUUGUUUUUGUUUUAAAUUUGAAACAUCAAAUUCAUGUAGCUCAUAGAUAAUUUAUCUUUGGCUUCUAAGAGGAAAGUUUUUUAAGGAUAUCCUUUUUUAAAAAAAUUGCAUUUUUCUCUUAUAGUUUAUAAAUUUGUUAGAUCUCAAAAAAGACAUAAUUCCUUGUGAUCAGUUAUCCUUCAUUUCAUCAUGGUUUUACACAGUGAAUUGAUACAGGUUCUCUGAAAAGUCAUCAUCAAAUGAAAGGGGCAGGUCAAAUCAUUAUAUCACAUGGUAAAUUAUAAAAUUAUAGUACAAGUUCCACAUAGUUAAGGGAAUACCAAAAGGGAUGAUGCUUUUUUUUAAGAUAACAGGAAGUUAUCCACAUUUGUUUCUGAAUUCAUAGAGUAAAUAGAAGCAUAGAAUGAGGGGAUAAUGACUUUGCAUUUAGUUUAUUUUCUAGAUUCAAAAGGAAUCUAGAAAAUCUUGUUUAACUUGAAUAAGAUUACCAGUUUCAAGAUGACUGAUAGACAGGAAAAGGAAAAAUAAGCAAUAAUAGUGGGCAACUGAAGAGAGGAAAAAAAAAAAACAGUAAGAGUACCUGCUAACUGACCACUAGCAGUUGCCUUUCUUUUAUUAAUUUAUACACUAUUUUGUUCAGCCAGUGUUUUUAAAAAAAAUCUGUGAAAAGUAUACUUCAGGUUUUCUGUGAUUACUUAUCUAGACUUAAUCUGACCAGUGAAAUGACAUUGCCCUAUUUGGACCUCUGAGGUUCUGUUUAGCUUUGCUGAUGUACUGAAUAGGACCCCAGUGAUCUGCAAAAAAAAAAAAAAAAAAAAAAAUGCCUUGUCCAAAGGCAGCAAUCUUUUGUUCUUUGUAUCAGUUAAUUCUGAUAGUGUGUACUGAUCCUGUCUUCAUUAUAGGCCUUAUUUCCAUGCUCUCUUUCUUUAUAGUAAAUUUUACUAUAAAGAAAACAGUCUCUCUGAAUACCUACAGAUGAGGAUAUUAUUUAAACUGCCAACAAUAUCCAAGAUAUGGUCAAUAACCUAAUUACAAAUACUUUAGAAAGAGUGACCAGGGCAUUUACAGAAAUGUCUGAUUACCUGUAGACUUUUUUUUUUUUUUUUAAAAAAAACAAACUUUAACUCUAGAGCAUUUAAUUAUUUUUUUCUCCUUUGAAUGAUCUCCUUUGUAAUCUUACUGUCUCCUGAGUAAAUAUACACAGAAAUGUUUGGGAGUUCAUUGCUGCUAGAUUAUAUCAGCUGUUUACAUAGUGUCUACUAUAUGCUGUUUAUAAGCUUUUUCCUAAAAAUCGUUAUCCUCUUUGGUAGUUUUUUUCCCUCCUUUAAAUCUGGUGAGCUUUUCUUCAGUUUUUAUACAACACCAACUAAAUUUGAAAGUAUGAAGUCUCUAGCCCUCAUAACACUGUUUCUGGCUGUUCAAUUGCUGCCAUUGCAAGUCCUGGUGAAAGCAAUGGGGAGCUUCGCUGGCUGGUUUUGUAGUCUCAACAAUUCCAUGUCUGUGUUUAGCUGAGUAACUGCUAUCAUUUAGAACAGUAAAAUUUUUAUAGAUUUCAAAUUUGAAAAUUUAUAUAGACUCUACUCAGUUAUCUAAUAAGGGGCCACUGAGGCUGUUUUUAAAACUAUUUUGAAGUUAUAAAAAGAUAGACCAUCUGACCGAUGAUGUUCACAUAAAGAGACAAACAGACUAUCUUCUUGCAGACAUGAAAACAGCAUGUCAGGUUUUCCUUUCCUUCCAUGCCAUGGGCCACCCAUCUCUUUCCACUAGAUCACCUGAUGAGGAGGGAGCACCUGGCUGACUCAUGCAGAGUUUGGCCAGUCAGAGAAUUAUGUGGUCUCCAGCUCUACUUAGCUCUACUUUCCUUAAACAAAUCCUUUCUGUUUUCUGAGCUAAAACAGAUCCCUAAAAGGUAGUAGCAUCUUCAGAUUAGUUUAAUUAUUUCCUUUAUAAGAAUAUGACAUAAACUUUUAUUAUAGAAAUCAUAGUGUCAUUGUAAUUUUAGUGCUAGUACUUAUGGGUUUUCUGUAUUUGUAUCACCUUGACGUUUAUUGCAUGAAUAGAAAAUACUUCUUUAUUCAAGUUUUCAAUCACCUAAAAUUACUUUAAAUUUAUUUUGGGUUUGUGAGAGAGAAGAUUAAGAACUUCAUCAUUCAGUGACUUUUCUCCAGUUUUCUGAAUCUGCUACCUCUUAUUAUAUGUCUCUUAGUACUUUUCCAAUUAGGUUUGUACCCUCCUCAUUACCUAAACCUCUUUAUCUUGUGCCUCAAAAGAGCUUUUACUUUUCUUAGAAUCAUUAAAAAAAAACUGACAUGCAUUUAUUCAAAAACAUAUUUAUUGGGCUUCAGGGAUUAGAUACACAACAGUGUAAAAAUGGCAUCUUAGCACACUCAGAAUUUAUUGUGCAGCAGUUGUGUAUUUUAAGGAAUCUGUUGUUAAAAGGAAGAGAUCCAAAGGUCCUGAUAACAUUUCCUAAUGUUUCAGAAGAGUUGCCAUUGAGUAGUGUUUGGAUUCCCUCUCUGUACCCCUCACCCUACCAUUUUCUCCUUUAUUCUUCAAAGAUUGUUAGUUUUGUUAUUCAAAACACACACAUACAACUUACCAGAUGGUGCUAUUCUAAUGGUAUUUGUUCACAUAAUUUAACAUUCUUACUGCUUAUACUAUAUACAUAUUUAAUUUUGUUGAGAGUAAGAAGGUUUUCAAGAAAAGAUAAUUUUGUAUUAGUGUAGGAAUAUAUUAGACUAAUGUUUAGUUUAGCUGGCCAAAUUAUGCAUAAGAUAUUUGUAACUUUAAACAUUGCAAAUUGACCAGCUAGCUGUGGAAGCAUAAAAUUAAUUGGUAAUUAAUGUUGGAAAUACAUUUCUUAAAUUUAUUUUUUUAUGGCUUUAGCCUGUAAGAGCAUUUUAGCAUAUUGAAAUGCAUGCUGCUUAAGAUGUGUCUGGUUCAACUGUCAAAGCUUGCUGGGUCAUUUUUUCAUAGUAGAAACAUACAGUCUAUGUGUUGCCCAAUUGCUGUUUGUCUAUUCUGGAUUCUGGACCCUUUUUGGAGUAGGAAUUAGCUAAAUUCAUGAACGAAGAAAAUUAGAGAUGGGUUAGGGUAGGGUCAGGACAGUGGGGUUAAAUAGGUAGGAAGAAAAGUCAGCAUUUGAGUGUAGAGGAAAAAAAGAGGAUCGUAUAGAUGUCACCGAAUUAUAGGCUUUAAUACAGCUUGGGAAAAGCACUUGUCCUAUCAGUUUGUCUAACAUGUUUUAUAGUAGUAAUUUGUGUAAAAAUUGAAUUUUUGAAUAGUUUUUUUUUGUAUUUUUUAUUAUGAUGAAAAACUCAUAAAAUUUACCAUAUUAACUGUUUCUAAAGUGCACAGUUCAGCCAUGAUAAGUACAUUUACAUUGUUGUGAAACAGAUCUCCAGAACUUUUUCAUCUUGCAAAACUGAAACUCCAUACCCAUUAAACAACUCCCCGUUUUGUCUUCUUCCCAUUGGAAUAGAAUUUUGAGUCUAUGUAAAUCAAGAAACACCUGAAUUCUUUAGUUGUUUAUGUUUGCAAGAUCUAAGAGCAUAGUAAACAUUAAGUUCUUAAAAUCUGGGGGAGGGACAACAUGUCCCUCCUCUGAAUUGUUAGCAAUUAAAUUAAGUUUUAAAUGUCUAUUACUUGGAAGGGUUUGUUAUUUCAUUUUGAGCCAGAGGGGAGAGGCACAUUUUUAAAUAUCAGAAUUAGAUUAGCUUUGAGUUUGUACUAAAUUGGGAAGGUAAUAGAUUUUCAUAAAUUGUGUGUGCCUUGUUGGAAAUGUCAACUGUCUUUACGUCUGCUUGUGAAAGUUUCAAAAUAUGUUUUUCUCUCAAAAAGGCAACGUUACUUCAUUUGCUUGAAUAUUAUGAUAGGAAUGCUUACUGAUAUUACUUGAUAGUCAUAUAUAGCCUUGGAACUUUAACAUAUAUAUAACUAUAGCAGUAUUAAUAAUGAUAGUUGUACUUCUUUAAAACAUUAAAUUUGAGGAAACUUUAAUGCUGUCUCAUGUGUACAUUACUUUACUACAGAGGGGGAAUAUUUUGAGCCUCAGUUUACUUAGUAGUAGUAUGUGAAACUAUGGUAGAAAAACGUGAAUUAGACAGUGGAGCCGAUGAAUUAAAAUUGUAAAUUGCUACAUUGGCAUUUUCUACCUCCUUUUCUGACAGAGUAUUAUUUUUUCCAGCAUUUAUUCUUAUUUGUGAGUAAAGAGGAAAUGGGAACCUGAGGUUAAAAUUGACAUUUUUGUUUUGUUGAGACUUCAAGCAGUAGGUACAUGAGAAAGUGACUUGUCACAUUAAUUUGGUGCCUAAAUUCAUAACUUCAAGUUAUAAUUGACAUGUACAAAAUGUCUAAGAAAGGUAAUAUGCUGAAUAUUUUACUUUUCCUGUAUAGUCUGCAUGAUUUUGUUUUAUAAACCCAACUUAUUUCCUCCAAAAAGCAAAAUGGUCCUUUUU